AUGUUUGGUAACUCGACUUGGCCGAACAACCAACAGCAGCAGCAGCAGCAGAACCCAAGCGGCGGCCUGUUCGGCGGCGGUGGCUCAACAUUUGGCCAGCAGCAGAAUACCGGGUUUGGUCAGAACACCAACACGGGCGGCUUUGGCCAGCAGCAGCAGCAGCAGCAACCGCAGAACACAGGCGGUGGCCUCUUUGGUGCCAACACUAACACUGGUGGCGGCUUUGGCUCGAGUGGCUUUGGCGCUGCCAACACUGCUACCAACACGUUCGGAGCGCGGCCCUCGUUUGGCGCGACGGGUUCGUCAACGUUCGGCGGCACGGCCAACACAAGCGGUGGCUUAUUUGGUUCGAACACGAACACGACCAACGCGUUCGGCGCCACCAACGCAGCCUCGUCGGGCGGCCUGUUUGGCUCGCGGCCCUCGGGCUUUGGUGGCGCGACGUCGACAUUUGGCGGUGGCUCCACAGGAGGCUUCAACGCCGGCAACACACAGGCGCCCCAGCCUAGCAACCAAGUGCACCUUUGGAACAACCAGCCUCCCCCCCCCAUACCGCAGACUGGCACGGCAGCACCUCCAUACCAGCCAACAUGGCAGCGCGAUCCCCCGCAGAGCUUGGGGAAGGAGAACCCUGCGAACCUCUUCCACAUGAUCACCGCCAUGGAGCCAUACCGUGGAGGCAGCUUUGAGGAGCUGCGCAUGCUCGACUACCAGCAGCGUCGCAAGGAGCCUACCGCGCAGCCGCAGCCUGCAACUACCGGCUUUGGCCAGACGGGAGGGUUCGGCUCGUCGUCAAGUGGCUUCGGCCAGCCUGCUGCCUCGACCUCGACGUUUGGCGCUCCCAAGCCUGGUGGCCUGUUUGGCAGCACCCCCAACACGGCCAGCGGCUUCGGAGCCUCCUCUGGAGGCUUCGGAACGCAGACCAACACUGGUGGCGGUCUGUUCGGCCAGACCAACACGACGAACACUGGCUUUGGCGCGCAGAACACCAACACGGGUGGUGGGCUGUUUGGUCAGAACAACCCGCAGCAGCAGCAGAACACUAGCGGCGGCCUCUUCGGCAACUCCAACCCCUUUGGUCAGAACACUCAGCAGCAGCAGAACACUGGCCUCGGAGGCUUUGGGGCUGCUGCCAACAAGCCCGCGUUCGGGGCGACUACUACCGGGUUCGGGGCCAACCCAGGAACGAGCACAUUCGGCCAGACCAACACGGCUGGCACUACCGGUUUUGGCGGCUUCGGGCAGCAGCAGAAUCAACAACAAACACAGAACACUGGUGGCGGGUUGUUUGGUAGUGGCUCUGGCGGGUUUGGCCAGACAAACCCCCAACCCAACACUGGCGGCGGCCUCUUCGGCCAGGCCAACACACAGCAACCGCAGACUGGCGGGCUGUUUGGCAACACUGCUGCACCCAAGCCGGGCGGCCUCUUCGGGUCCACUACCGCGGCCGGGACGACGAGCGGCUUUGGCGGGUUUGGUCAGACCAACACCAACACUGCGCAGCCAGCGACGAGCUUGUUUGGCCAGACUAACGCCACCACUGCUCCCACCGGUGGCGGCUUGUUCGGCCAGCAGCAGGCGCAGCCCGCGGCGACGGGUGGUGGUCUGUUUGGCAACACCAAUACCGCCACCACCGGCGGCGGCCUCUUCGGCGCCAAACCCCCUACCACCAUGGGUGGUGGUCUGUUCGGUUCGAACGCCGCACAGCCUGCAGCGACCGCCACGACGGGCUUCGGUGGGGUUGGACAGCCGGCUGCCGCUACCGCCCCAACUGGUGGCGGUCUGUUCGGCGCGAACACGGCUGCAGCUGCCCCGAAGCCAAGCUUGUUCGGUGGUGGCGGGGGUCUCUUCGGACAGCAGCAACAGGCCCAGCAGCCGGCUGCGGCCACAGGCGGCGGUCUCUUCGGCAGCCUGGGCCAGUCUACGACAGCGGCUCAGCCCACCACCAGCCUGUUCGGCGGCGCAACCCAGCCUGCUAUGCAGCAGUCGACUCUCGGGCAAUCUGGUGGCCUGUUCGGUUCCACCCUCGGCCAGUCGACCCUCAACAUUCAGCAGCAGCAGCAGCCGUCGCUCACCGCGUCGGUCGACCAGAACCCAUACGGACGCAAUGACUUGUUCCAGUACUCGGGCCAGAAGCUUGAGCUCGGCAGCACCAACAAGAAGCCCGCUCUGCCGCCCCUCACAGCAUCGUCCUACCGCCCGUCCCCAAACAAGGGCAGCCGCCUGACCAGGCUGAGGGGCUUCGCCACCUCGUCGGUCAACGGCUCGAUGAUCUCCCCGAGGGCAUCAAGCCCCGCUCCUAACUCGCCUCGCACCUCGCUCGUGGGCUCGCCUGUUGCGACUGACCGCUACAUGGGCCUCACCGACGCGGCCCUCUCCCCCAACGCCUUCAUCCCGCGCCCCAACGUCAAGAAGAUCACGGUCGCGCCUCCGCGCACGCUGAACGGCGGCGAUGACCCGCUCGAGUCGGUCCUUGGCAAGUCUGCGUUAAGAAGCUCGGCGAACGGCUCGGCUCCAUCCACGCCUGACCUCUCUGCGCGCAGCCCCGCCCUCCCGGCCUCCAGUUUGCGCCAGGCGAUCGACGACACACCCACUCGUCGCCCUGCGCAGAUCCAGCCGUCGACCAUGACUGUCGCUGCCUCUGAGCGCCCUCUCAAGAGCGGCGACUACUGGUGCCGGCCCAAGCUUGAGAAGCUCAAGGCCAUGAGCCACGACCAGCUCAGCAGCCUGUCGGACUUCACUGUCGGCCGCAAGGGCUUUGGCGAGGUCACUUUCCUCAGGCCUGUCGACCUCACGUCGGUCUCGUCUCUCAACGACCUCCUCGGCGGAAUCAUUGUCGUCGAGUCGCUCGAGCUUACUGUCUACCCCGACGAGACUGUCAAGCCUCCUCGCGGUAAGGGGAUGAACGUCCCUGCCGAAAUCUCACUCGAGAACGUCUGGGCCCGCGACAAGGCCACUCGCCAGCCCAUCACCGACCCCAGCGACCCCCGCUACAAGCGCCAGCUUAAGCGCAUCCAGGCCGUCCCCGAGACUGAGUUCCGGAGCUUCAACAACGACGGCGUGUGGACCUUCCGCGUUGAGCACUUUAGCCGCUACGGCCUCGACGCCAGCGACGAUGACGAGGACGAGGACGAGGGCCUCCACUCACCCACUCCCAACAAGUCCAGGUCACCCGAGGAGAUGUCCCCCUCGAUCUACUCGGACGAGGACGAAGGCUUUUUUCCUCCUACCAAGAGCCUCUACGACGCCGACGUCAUGUCAGACGAGCAUGACAGCGGUUUAGACGAGACGUCUGAGAUGUCGUACGAGGACGAGGACGAGGACAUGGAGGGUUCGCCCGACUUCAGCGACGACUACGACGACGAGCUUGACGCCUACCGCGCUAUCAAGAGCAAGCUCGGUGCGCACGGCAUGCAGCGCAUGCGCGAGAUGCAGUCUGCGUUCUUUGGCGCGCAGGAGACCAAGAGCAAGCGCCCAACACUCGCGGAGCAAAAGGCCAACGAGAUCCGCCAGGCGCUCGAGCGCAAGCGUGCUGAGGCGGGUUUUGAUGAUGCCGAGGAGGGUGUAGCGAGGCUUGACGACCGGGCCGUCAAGCGCGCCUCCUUCGGCGAGUCUUCCCGCCCGCCCCAGUUGCGCCAGCCGCGCAAGUACGCAAAGGUCCCGCUGGACCAGAGCUUUGUCGCUGGCAAUGAGGGAGUGCGUCCUGACGCCGGCUUGAUGCUGGGCCGCUCGUUCAGAUGCUCCUGGGGUCCCAACGGCGAGCUUGUCCACAUGGGCAAGAUUUGCUCCCCGUCGACCAAGUUCGAGUCCUCUCCUGACGCUGUUGUCUACGUACAACAGGUAGACCUCUUAGCCGAGCGGCAGGCCGCUGAGCAGGCUCGCGCGGACCGUCUCUUGACACUUCUUCUUGAAUACACCGAGGUCGACGUGAAUGACGACAACGUCCCUGUGGCGAUUACCAACACUGCGAUCCGCUUCCGCGACUUUGCCAAGCUGUUUGACGGCGGGGACCGCUCUCACGAGGCCAACCUGUGGCGCUUGGGGCAAGCGCUCUUUGACGAGAUGGACCUGAAGCUUCCUCCAAGCACGCCGGUGGAUGUGAGCAACCGUGUCGCCGAGAUGCGCCGCAAGCUCGCCCUUUCCAAAUGGCUCGAGGACGCCGUCGCGCCUGCCAUGGACGCCGACCUCGCCGAGGCCGGCGACGACAGACCCGCCAAGGUGUUUGCGUUGCUCACAGGCAACCGCACCGACCGCGCCAUGCAGUCGGCAUUAGACGGCAACGACCUGCGUCUUGCGACGCUCGUGUCUCAAGCCGGCAGUUCUGACGAGUUACGGGCCGAGGUUCGGCGCCAGCUCGAAGACUGGACCAAGUACAAAAGCAACUCGCUCAUCGGGUACGGGUACCGCAAGAUCUACGCGUUGCUCGCUGGUAUCCCGGACGUUUCGGCAGGCAACCCCGAGCGCGGUGCCGACCACGCACCAGACGUGAUCGUCAACGAGAACCUUGACUGGAAGCGUGCCUUCGGCUUGUACCUGUGGCACGGCUGCCCGUUCGAGCUGGGCGUCGCCGACGUGCUAGAGCACUACACUGAGGCGCUGUCGUCGACGCACCCUCCGUCGAAGCCUCCUCCACCAUACCUCGAGCAGCCAGACGCCAACAACCGCUGGGAGAUGCCGACCGAGCCGACGGAUGUGCUCUUCAACCUCAUCAGGAUGUACGCCGACCGCACCCUCGCCCUGGAGGAUGUUGUCACGUCGCGCGACUGCGGCCCGAGCCCAACCGACGUCCGCCUCCCGUGGCACAUCUCAUUCCUCCUCUCGCAGGCUCUGCAGAGGCGCGACUUUGCGGACCGCGAGGAGGCCGACGAGUCGGGCACGCGGUACAGUGCGACAGCAAACCGCAUGACUGAGUCGUACGCCGCGCAGCUCGAGGAGGAGGGCCAAUGGACAUGGGCCGCGUACGUCCUCCUCCACCUCGCGUACUCGGAGAGCCGCUGUAUUGCGCUUAAGGCGCUUCUCUUCCGCCACCCAGAGGCCACAGCCGCCGAGCAGAUGUUCCUCGUCGACAAGCUCCGCAUCCCGCGCGAGUGGCUGCACGAGGCACGUGCCGCGCACCUCGCAGCGGAGGGGAACGCCUACGGCGAGUACAAGGACCUGAUCCCCGCUGGGUUGGCCGACCGUGCCCAGCGCACGCUCGUGACCAAGCUCGCACCUGAAGCUGUUCUGCGUGACGACCCAGCCCUCCUGCGCCGUCUGUGCAAGGAGCUCGAGCCGCUCCAGGCCGAAGGCUGGGAAUAUGGCGGCAAGUUGUUCCUCGACUACCUCGACAUCCGAGCGCGCGUCAAACCACUGCUCGCCGCGACCCGACGGGCCGGCGCCCACCCCGACCCACGCGACGCGUCCGAGCUGCAGGAUCUCGCGGAAUCCAUCCCCCGCGUCCUGCAACUGGUCCCCUCGCUGUUCCCCGACCGCAGCGACGUGCAGCAAGUCGCGAGCCUAACCGACAUGCUCAGCACUCUGCAAGCACUCGCAAGCGACCUCCACUCCGCGGGAUACAUGCCCCGUCCACCCGUCUCGGACUUGCUGCUCGACAAGGACCGCCUGCACCUGUUGCAGGAGAGCGCAACCGAGAGCUUUGACAAGAGCCUUGAGGCUCUUGUUGCGUAA